AUGCGUGUCCCUAUCUCUCCACAAAUCUUGCAAAACAGCAUACGCAAACCUCUGAACUUUGGCAAGCUUGCAACUAUCCAAUUCCCCCAAAGCUUCUCAUCUAUUCCAGUCUUAAAAAUGUCUGCUCCAGUAUCUGACUUCAAUCUUGAGAACACCAAUGUAAAAACCGCCAGCGGAGUAACCCUCGAUGAGACCCAGCAUACACUCGUCGCAAGUGUCCUCGAUCUAUUUGCAGGCCGUCCUUCAUUGAAGAAGCUCCAACUCUGGGACGACAACGGCACUUUCGCAGACAACAUCACUCGCGCCGUCGGCCGAAAGCAGUACGAAGCACAAUGGUAUGGCCUGCAAGCCGCCUUCUCCGAAAUCGAGCGUCUCCAUCAUGAGGUUACCUCGGCAGGCAAUCCGAUUUCGAUGGAUCUUCGCACUCGCUAUGUGAUCAAGGGCCUCAAAAAGGAACAGACAAUUGACAGCAAGAUCAACAUUUUUUACGACAAGGAAACUCAGAAGAUCACCAAGGUGGAGGAUAAAUGGGGUGGAAAACUACCUGAUUCAAGCUUCAGCGAUGCUAUGCGCAAGCUGAAUGCUGUUAGCGUACCGUUAGGCGUAUCGGUUCCUAAGACUGAUGAGGAGGACGCGAAGAGGGGCAAUCAGUAG